CCCGCGGAGGCCGCAGCGGCCGGCGCAGCUGCCUCCAAUGCCCCCCGUCUCACCGGGCCUCCGCCGGCCGCACCGGCCCCAGGCGGGGGCCGGUGGGUGCUCCCGGGGAGCGCCGGCCCCCACCGGGCGGCGGGGACGAGCCCCGCUGUGGUGAGGCCACCGCCUCCCGCCCGCCACGGCAGGAGCAGGCGGCGGCAACGGCUGGUUGCCUCGGCAACGGCUCCCGGCGGGCACCACCGGCGGCGGCGGCGCAUUAAAACAAAAUGUUAUCAUCAUCACAGUCAUCCUCAUCUUUACGUAACCCUACUGCUCCUUUAUUGGACUUCGAUCUUCAGUUAAACAGUAAAAACAUUGACACUUUGAUGCAGAAGUUAAGUGAAAAUGAAACCCAAAAUACUGAUCUCAGGAGAAAGAUAAUUGAAAGGGAGAAACAUGUUAAAGAACUUUCAUCCAGGCUUCAACUUGAAAAAGUCAAUAUACAGAAAGAAGGCCAUCUGUCAAGAUCAGUAAAGGCAGUACAAGCUCACCUGCAAUAUCAGAUUCAAAGAAAAGAAGUGGAAAAUGAUGAAUUAAAAGUGAAAAUACAGACUCUAGAAAAGAAAAUAGCAGAGUGGAAACUUCAAGUUGGUGAAUACAAGCACCAGAUGCUAGCCUUAAGGGAAACAAGUGAGCAAAAGAAGACUGCUCUGAAAAAAGCAAUCAGGUCCCAGAAACAAAGAGCUGAAUGCUUUGAAGAAGCUGUGGAAAAUUUAACCUCCAGAAUAAGAGAACGUGAAUUCAAACUGUCUGAGAUACUGUCAGCUUCUGAUGUCUGGAAAAGCCAGCAUGGUAGAAUGGUUGAAGGAAAGACAACGUUAGAAACUCAAGUAGAAGAUCUUAAGAAGCAGAUCACAAGCCUUUUGGAAGACCUGAAAAAAAAGGAGGAACAGAGAAGAAACUCAGAUGAGGAAAUUCUUGGAAAGCUAAAUUCUGUUAACUCUGAAAAUCAAAAGAUUUACCUUGAAAAUGAAAAAUUAAAGGCUUACCUUGCUACAUUGGAAAACAGUGCUGUUUCUCUUGAAAAUGAGCUGCUAAAUCUGCAAGAAAAGGCAAAAAUGCAGGAAAACCUUGUUGAACAGUACAAAAAUCAGGUACAAAAAUUGCAAACAGCAAUAGAAGAAUUGAAAUCCAGAUGUGGAACAGUCUUAAAUGAAAACAAAAGAGUAACAGAAAACAAAUGCUUAGGAGUAGAUAAAGUGAGGGACAAAACGGAGGCUGAGUUAAAGGAGUUUGAACAUGUUUGUGACUUGCUGAAAGCAGCUGAGGAACAGCAGCAAGGAUAUCAGGAAAAGCUCGUGUCCUGGGAAAGAAUCCACGCACAGAAAUGCAAAACCCUUAAGGAGAUACAGGUUCAGGCCUCUUCAACUAGAAACGAAUUGUCAUUUUCACAUGAGGAAGACAGUGUAAUUUCCAUGGGCAGUCAUUCCUUAGAAGAAGAAAACUGUAACAUUCGGAAGAAAUAUGAAGAUCUUAAAAGGCAAUUAGAAAAGAUGGAAUUUCAAAAUGAAGAACUUGCUUGUCAGCUCAAAAAAGAAGAUGAGAAUCUUCAGUGCAGUAAAUUCCAGCUUGAAGAGAAAAUUGCAGAAUAUAAUGGAUUAAGCAGACAACUGGAAUCUGCUUUGGAAGAAGGGAGAAAAAUGAUAGCUGAAGAACUGGAAAAAAUGUCAUACAAAGAGCAAGCCCUUCAGACAAAAAUGUUAGUUCUUGAAACUGAAGUGAGAGAGGGGCAAGAAGAGAAAAAACAACUUCUCUGCAUAUUUCACCGUAAUGAAAAGCACCAUGAAGUAUGCUUGAAAGAGCUGGAGAACAGCCUGCAGAAGUCAGAGAACAAGAACCAGAGCAUCCAGAAUUAUGUGCAGUUUUUGAAAGCUUCAUACGUAACAAUGUUUGGCUGAAUUCUUUAGUUUAGUUUAUUUAACAAUAAAGAAACUUUUCAAUGUUUGUCUCUAAGUCUUGUUGGAGGCAAGGCUGUUGAGACCUUAUAGUAUCUUGCAGGAUUGAGCACUAUAAUGUUAGUUCUUCCCUAGGAAAACUUCCGUUGUGGGCAGGGAAAAGCAGGUCAGUCAUUAUGUUAUAUCCUACUGGCUGGUCACAUAUGGGAAAUUUGCCUGGUAUUACUGAUAUAAAUAAUUGUAUUAUUCAUGGGUCAGAAGUGAAAAGGCAGGCUGCAUGACAGUGGUGACAGGUGUGUAAGUGUGGGGUAUGCAUACAAAGUUGUAAGUUGGACUGUGAAUUUCCCAUGUGCUGUAAAAUCUUACGUGCGUCCUUUUAGUCCAUGGAAAACGCAGACAAUCACAGAUUACCUUUCAGUUCACCUCAGGUAAGAAAACACCUGUGGACUGGUUGCACAGUAAUUUGCGCAUUUUAAUUAUUAAUAAUUAUAUAAUAUUUAUUGGUCAUUAUACUUCUGUUACUAUAGAAAUCUAAUUGCCCAAGAUAAUAACAUCUAUCCUAUUAGGACAGGCAAAAAUUUAGAGAGCAUUAGGUUCCAUUCCUUUCUUUUCCCUAUAGCUUAGCACCAAACUACCACGCUGCAUGGAAUAGUUGCCGCCACAAGGCUGUCCCAUCCAGCCUUUUUUCCCUAUGUCCCAUUAUGAUCAAAAGUAUACUAUAGAAAUACUUUACAAAUAUAAGUAGGGAAGUGUUUUAGAUACAGCUACAGUUUAAUUUCUGAAUAUGUUGAUACACCCUUUCACGGUGACGCAGCCGCAGUAAGGUAUUUAAGUAUUUGUGUUUGAGUACAAGACUGCUGUUCACUGACUGACUUAUGCCUCAGGUUAAACACAUGUAAAUAUUCACCUGACGCAGGGCUAAUACAAAAAUCAAGUCUGAUGAGAAAGUAACUGUUUUUAUGCUGUAUAAAUGCUGUGAUAUGCUUUUUGAAAAGUAGUACAUUCAGAUAAAUAUAUGUAAUUUAGAAUGUGUAUUUUAGUAAUAUAUAUUUUUUGACUGAAAACAUAAGUUAAUUCAUCCGCAGACAAUACCUGCUUGUUAAACAUAUUACUUUAUUGUUAGUUAUUUAUGAUAUGUAGAAUGUCGAUGUUUUCUUUUUUUUGCAAAUGCUUAUUCAUCCUAACAAAUACUGGUAAGUGCUAAUGAUCUGCUUGUGUGCACUUUUUAAAAAUAAAAUUAUCAUUUAUUACAUAUGACAUGCUAGUAGCAAAUAUUUCUGUUAAAUUUCAGGAGGUUUUGCAUUACACACACAUACUUACAACCAUAUUUGUAUUCAUUUAGUUCUGCUUGUGCUACUUAUAAAAUAUAAAAACCUUUUUGAAAGUCAUCAUCUAUGAAGGAAAGAUUUCAG